UCGUAGAUGGACGUGUACACGACAGUCCACGUGUUUUGGAGCUCCAACUGAUUUUCGAUGGGAGACGGCAGUUAGAAUUGGAAUCUCUUUUCUCUUUUCAACUGAAGCUCGACUCUGACUCUCGAGUCGCGACAUUGAACACCAAUCCACGACCCUUAUGGCCCACACGUAAUCGAGCCAGACCCUCGUAAACGUGCAUGUCUACAACUGGAGCCGAUCCUUGCACCGGUCGAUCAAUUUGCCUCGGAAGUACUUCUCCAGUUUGCCCUCAAAAAAGCUCCAAAGAAAGGAAUACUCGAGAGCCGCCAUGCACGUCGACGAGACGACCACCACCAAGACAAAGACGAGCAUAUCGUACCUGCCGGACGAGCUGGUGUCGGAGAUCCUGCCGCGGCUCCCCGUGGAGUCGCUGCUGCGGUUCAGGUCCGUCUGCAAGGCCUGGCGCUGCAUCAUCGACGAGGACUCCUUCCUCCGCGAUCACCUUCGCCUCCAGACUACGUCCCUGCUCGUCGCGCCGUGGAUCGGGGAGAACGACGACGAUGGCCCUCUCGCUUCUUCGACCGGAGAGGUGACCGCCGCCGGUCUGUACCAGUGCGAUGGGAAGCAGCAGGGCGUCGCCACGCUCCUACACGCGGUGUCCGACUACCGCUCCAAGAAGAAGGCGUUGCACGGCAUGGCGCACUGCGAUGGACUGAUGUUGUUGCCCGCUGACGAUACGGUGCACAUAGUUAACCCUGCCACUCGGCGCACCAUCACGCUUCCUCCGACCCGGACCCCUCACAACGUCGGGCCCGUCAACCGCUUCGUCCCAGGUGCUCAGGCGUUUGGUCUUGGCCAGGACCCUCGCUCCAAUGCUUACAAGGUUGCUUGCUUCUACACUUAUCUGGACGUGCGCGCCCCGGCUAGCCACUAUCAAUCAUCAAAAACUUUAUUUCAGCAACUAGAUGUCUUGCAGUUUGUACCGUCAGAAGACGCCCGAGAUGUCUUUCUUGCGAACCAUAUGGAUAUGGUCCAUGGCCACCGGGGGCAUGCUCGAGGCAUUGACAAGAGUGUUUUUGUUCUUUCUCUUAGAUUUUAAAUGGUACUAGUAGUAGAACAAAGUAAGCAUUGACCUACCCGGCCGGGAGGAAAACAAAGGCGAGCACUCGCCUAAGGCUGGUUGUAGUGGGAGUAUUAUAAGUAGUAUCAUGCAUGCCAACUAGACGUUUUGGAUGAUGUGGCACACAAUUAAAUGAGAAAAGAGAGGAUGUACUAUCAUAUCAUGAUACUCCC